AUGCAGGACGCCGUGGCGGCCCCCGGAGCCGCCAAUGCCGCCGCCACCUUCUACUGCGCCGCCACCGGCGUGUACGCCAGCACGCACCCUCCGGUGGCUCUCCCCUCCGACCCCUCCCUCUCCCUCGUCCCGCACAUCUUCGCCCGCCUGCCCGCCGCCCGCCCCGACGCCCCGGCCCUCCUCGACGCCGCCACCGCCGAGGCCCUCUCCCGCGCCGACCUCCGCCGCCUCGUCUCCGCUCUCGCGGCGGGCCUCCGCCGCCGCGGGGGCCUCCGCGGGGGCGACGUCGUGCUCCUCGCCCUGCCCAACUCCAUCGCCUUCCCCGUCGCCUUCCUCGCCGUCCUCGCCGCCGGGUCCGUCGCCACAACCAUGAGCCCGUCCAGCGCCCCCGCCGAGAUCGCCGCCAGGGCUCGGGACACCAGCCCCGCCCUCGUGUUUGCUACGCCCGACAACGUCGGGAAGUUCCCGCCGUUGCGCGUCCCGGUCGUCCUCGUCCCCGAUGCCUUCCACCUCGCGGACGACGGCGCCCCCGAGUUCGCGCCCUUCCGCGAGUUGCUGCUGUUCGAUUCCGAGCCACUGCUGGCCCCUCCGGUGGUCCAGGACGACGCGGCCGCCAUCCUCUACUCGUCGGGGACCAGCGGCCGGAGCAAGGGCGUCGUGCUAACGCAUCGCAACCUCAUCGCCACGGUCGAGCUCUUCGUGCGCUUCGAGGCCUCGCAGUACGCCGCACCUGCUUGUGACAAUGUCUACCUGGCGGCGCUGCCCAUGUUCCACGUCUACGGACUCUCGCUCUUCGCUGUGGGCCUGCUCUCGCUCGGUUCCACGGUGGUCAUCAUGAAGAGGUUCGACGCGGGCGACGCCGUUAAGGCCAUCCACAGAUUCAAGGUCACGCACUUCCCGGUCGUUCCGCCCAUCAUGGCGGCGCUGGUGCACGCCGCCAAGCCAGCGGCAAUGCCGUUGGAAUCCUUGGUGCAGGUGUCCACCGGUGCAGCGCCGUCCAGCGGCAGACUCAUCGACGACUUUGUCAAGGCUUUCCCCCACGUCGAUCUCAUUCAGGGUUAUGGCAUGACUGAAUCUGCUGCUGUAGGAACUCGUGGCUUCAAUACUUCAAAGCAGAAGAAGUAUGCUUCAGUAGGACUCCUGGCUCCAAACAUGCAUGCAAGAAUUGUUCAUGUGGAAACUGGUUGCUGCCUGCCUCCAGGCUCUUGUGGGGAGCUCUGGCUCCAUGGUCCAGCUAUAAUGAAAGGUUACUUGAAUCAUGAGGAUUCAUGCGCAAUAAAUGAUGGCUGGCUGCGAACUGGUGACAUUGCUUACUUCGAUUUCGAUGGGUACUUGUACAUAGUGGGCCGCUUGAAAGAGGUGAUCAAGUACAAAGGAUUUCAGAUAGCUCCAGCUGACUUGGAAGCAAUUUUGAUCGAACACCCUGGAAUUGUUGACGUGGCUGUGACUUCUACUAAGGAUGAAGAAGCUGGAGAGAUACCAGUAGCCUUCGUGGUGAGGAAAUCUGGAAGUGGCCUUUCAUGCACGCAAGUGAUGGAGUAUGUGGCCAAGCAGGUGUCCCCGUAUAAGAAGGUGCGGAAGGUGGUGUUCGUGGAGUCGAUCCCCAAGUCGCCGGCUGGAAAGGUUCUCAGGAGGCUUCUCAAGGACUCUCUUGCAGCCAGCGCUGUUGCUGGUCCAACAAGUUAUUCCGAGUCCAAUUCCAUGCGCCAUUCGAGACUGUAA